ACAUAUAUAGUGUAUAUAAUCCAUUUGCCAUUCUGUGUGUGUUAAAAGUUUUUUUUUUCAUAUAGUUUUUUGCUUUGAUCAAACUGAAAGACAGGCGAUUAAAAUACUUUGUACGACAUUUGUACGAACGAAUAAAAACUCGAUGAAAAGAGACCAUUUUUAGCCAUUCUUUGUCAAUAAUCAUACGUUAGACAAAGUGUUCCGUAAACGAUUAAUUGGCCAGCUGAAUGAGAUUGAACGGUGUACAUAAUGGAGCAUGAACCCAUAAAGUAUCUGAACGAAGAAUUCGAAGAUGGAGAGCUCUCGGAUAGCAAUGACAGUUAUACUCCAUUACAAAGGCCAAACACAUCAACAUCGGUCCGUGAAACUGCGUCAUCACUACCAUCAUCCUUGAGCACCAGUGGAAUCACCAAAAUGGAAGAUGCAUCCGAAUUGGAAGAAUCUUUGGCAGAAUCAGACAGCGACUCAGGCAGCGACUGUGACUUUUCUACCGCACGAAAUCGAACAAAUAAGAAAAAAGUUCCAAAAAUUAAACCACUACAGGGCAUUCAAAUUCCUGGCGCACAACCGCCACGUUAUCAACAUAGUAAAUAUAAUAUUUGGUCGAGUAGCCUACAAGAAGAGGUGAUGGAAAAUCUAAAGGAAUGCGGUGUGGAUCAGGAUAGCGGACGAUAUGAUCGAAGUUGUGAAUCAUAUGAUUACUCCUUGAAAUAUCGUUUGAAUGGUGAAAAUAGUUUGAAACGUCGUCAAUCGUACAGUGAUGAUUCGGAAGGUUUCAGUUGCUCCACAUCGAAUGCUAUUGAAUCGAAAAAUAAACGUUUUCGUGCAAAUAGCCUUAGCGUGAAAGAUCGAAAAAAUGUACGUUUACGGCUCGGUAAUCGAAACAGCGAUGAUAGCAGCAAUGAAGGCAGCGGAGCAAUGAAUUCGGCACGUAAUAUUGUCGAUUUAUCAACCGAUUCGUCGGCCACAAACGACGAAAUUGCUAAAGAUAUUGCCAAUAAAUUGUACGAAGAAAAGGAUGAUUUAAUGGUUCGAGUUGUAAAUACACUUGGUCGUGACUUGUCAAUCAAAUUGUUUAAAGAAACGCAGAAAAUAGAAAGUGACGGUGGUAUGCUUAUCGUGAACGGGAUGCGACGUCGAACGCCGGGCGGGGUAUUUUUGUUUCUGUUAAAAAAUUGUGAUGAGAUCAGCAAAAAGCAGAAAAAGGAUAUAUUCUUGGAAGAAGAGCGAAAAACCAUCAAAAGUCGUAAGAUAUCACAGGCGCUCAAGCGUGAUCUGGAGGUUGAAGAAUUGAAAAAAUCAUUGAAAAAUGAAAACGAAUUGCCAGUGUUGGGAUCGCGUAGCGAUCACUUGGCAUCAUCAACGUCACAUCUAGGCUUGGAUACACAUGUUAACCUUUCAAAUCCACCCCCAUCUCCAGUCACUGACUUCAAUCGCGAAAAUAGCGAUUUUGAUUCACAUCCAAUUCAGCACAUGGUGAAUGUAACAAGUCCAGAAAAAGAUUUUCAAAGAUCAACGAAUGCGGCUGUAACCUAUGAUGAUGAUAUACUGAGCAUGAACUGUGAUGAGAUGGAUUUGUUUUAAAACAUACAAAAGACAAAUGUAUUGCGCAAUUCGUUAUUUGGAAUUAAAAUGAUUUUUUAAAUACAAACAAAACGUUUUUUUUUUCCACAAA